CAGCGAGUAUUGCUGCAAUCGUCCCUGGCGUGUUCAGACAGCAAUGCGAUUAUGUGUGCUCCUUCUGCUGGCACUCUUGCUCUGGAGCGUGCCGGUGGCUGGAAAAGGGCAAUACACGUUUCAGGGGCAGGACGCGACGCCCGCCGAAACGGAGGCCCACAUAACAGCCCAGGAGAGCGUCGUUUACGUAGUCUCGCAGAACACGACGCGGGACGGCAAGCGGAUUGGAGAUCAGUGCACGGCCAACGAGGAGUGCCCUCUGGAGCACAGCACCUGCAAACCGAACAACGCAGAAUCUACUUCUGGAACCUGCCAGUGCGACACGGAGCACCCUGUCCUAUCCAGUCGGAACGACGUGAGCUGUCUCCAGGCAGCUGACGUCGACCAACCGUGCGUGGACAGUGCUCAGUGUCAGUACAAGGACGACAGCUCGCAAUGCGAGGACCAAGUGUGCCGCUGCAAGACAGGCUUUUCGCUCGAGCAGGGCAGAUGUGAGGUCAAAAUCGAUGGUGCUUUGUGUCAGACCAGCAACGCUUGCUUGGAUCCCAACGCGGAGUGUGUUGGUGGUCACUGCGUCUGCAGGACUGGUUUCGCAUCUAAUCCGAACACCAAGCUUUGUGAUUUGAGCAGCGACCAAGAAUUCCAGCUAGCUGUCGUUGGAGUGUCGUCCGUCGCCGUACUGUUAGUUUUAAGCGGGAUCACAGCUGCUUGUUUUGUUCUAAUCAGGCGAAAGAACGCGACCUCUUCUGGUCGCUACUGACACUUGUUUUGUGGCGCCUGUUGUCUUAAGAUUUUAAGGGCAGUGCGCAUACUUUAGUGUUACUUUUGUACGUGUCUACAUGUAUAGAUGCGGCUCAGGCAACUGGUGACAACAAUACAGAAGACGGUAAUUCUCUAGAAUGAAUCAAUGUGGGUUAUCUGUAUAAGACCUGUACAGCUAUUUUUGAAAUUACUGAGUAGUAAUGGGCAAGGCUGACUUGCUUGAAUACUGGGCCGUGUGCUUUAGCGGGCAACCUAACUUGCAAAUGUCCUGUAGCACUCGACCCAGCAAAAUGUAUAAUUUGUGAUGGAGAUCAAGCAUCUUUAAAAUAAAAUGCUCGUAUUUAAAAACCGAACCAAACAAACCAACGAUCAACUAGA